AUGGAUGACAUACUCGAGCAACCUAGUUCUGAAGCUCCUCCACCAAAGCUCGAUGAUAAUCCCCAUGAACAGUCAUCUGAAGACGAGGAUGAAGGCCUCGACUGGACCAAGUUGAAGACAGGAAUUUCUCGCCCCGUCAUCCCCGAGCGCGGUGAAAAAGAACAUGAACCUGCUGCCGGUGGUGAGAGUGGGUUACAGCAACAUAUUUUGCAAUGGUCACGAAAUGCGAUGUUUGAUGCGUUGAGCGACCCGGACGAUCUCCAGGAUUUGGCAUCCAUCCCUGGCACGUGUCUCCGUACAUGUUGCCCGAGGAACCCACUUUUCAAGUAUGGGUCAUUCUGCGUCACGUCCGGUGGAUGGCAAAGAAAGGCCUACAAAAACGCAUACGCUGAAAUGAUUGGGACAGAGGAUGUUACCCUGGAGAAAUAUCAGGUUUACUCCUACCUCAGGCAACUGGGAUACGUUGUCACUAGGACCGUACCACCUACGUCAGAAUAUCCGGCGGCAGCACCUUUUGUGAAGAUGGGCCAACUUGGACAGCCAAGAUCUUCUAUUUUUGAGCAAAUCCGGUCAACUCUCUCCAGCUGGAUACUCAAACUCUUCACAUCUACCUUCAACUGGUGGAAACCUCUGCCUCUCCUCAGCAUGGAUGAUAACCCGAAUUGCCUAUACCUUUGCCAAAAAGGUCACCUCCAUCUCGUCCAGCACCUACCCCUCUCCUGGUGGCGAGCAGUUCUGCCCUUCCUACAUCACAACCUGGGACCACCUGCGCGCCGACUAAAUCUCUUUGUCACGCUUAGGGCAGGGAAGAAAACCGUAGUCGUCGCUGCAGUGGAUUCAGGAAACAUAAGUUUCUUUUGA